AUGACCAUUAUUGCCGCGGUACAUGCUGGCUGUAUUGAUAACAAGUGUGGUUUGAAUGGAGAGUUUCUAGUUUGUGGCACGGCAUGUCCAGCUACCUGUGAGAAACCAGAACCAAACCAGUUGUGCACCAAACAAUGCGUUUCCGGUUGCUUCUGCAAAAAAGGCUACGUCCGAAACGAACACAACGAGUGUGUUCUGCCGUGUGAAUGUCCAUGCUACGAAGGUACAAUUGAUAACAAGUGUGGUUUGAAUGAAGAGUUCCUAGAAUGUGGCACGGCAUGUCCAGAGACCUGCGAUAAACCAGAACCAAACAAGGUCUGCACCCUGCAAUGUGUUUCCGGUUGCUUCUGCAAAAAAGGCUACGUCCGAAACGAACACAACGAGUGUGUUCUGCCGUGUGAAUGUCCAUGCUACGAAGCUUUUAAAGCUGUUGUUGAUAAAUAA